AUGGCGUCGCUUCAUACAGGCUCCCUCGCCCCGGCACGAGAAUCCCCCGCAGAACACCAAGAGGGGUUGCUCAACUCCGGAACGUUUGUGUCCAAAGGUGAUGGGCAAUUAGGUGACGGCAGGGAAUCGGCGCGCUCAUUGACUCACCUCAAACCCAUUCCUGACGAAGUGCGCACGCUCCUCGUUGGCCAUUACUUCCGAGUGAUACAUCCCAUCUUCCCCAUUAUUCCCGAAAAAGACUUCAGAGAGCAGCUACGGAGGAGUGGUUUGGGUCAUGACGAUGAUAACAGUCAGCUGUCCUUCGUGAUGAAUGCGCUCCUCGCCGUGGCGGUUUCCGGCCUCAAAUCUACACACCCGAUCUCCGAAGACCCUUGUCUGCGAGCGUACGAUCUAGCGAAUCUUGGUCAUCUUUUCUACUCGAACGCUACGAGGGAAAUCCUACUUUUCCAAUCAAAAGAAAAACUCGGUCUGAACUCUAUCAUUGGUCACGGGCUUCUUAGUCUAUAUCUCGCCGAGACAGGCAAAGCGUACGAAGCGUGGGUGACUACAGGCCACGCCAUUCGCCUGUAUCAGGGCUUGGAUCUGAGUGACGAUCCUAUACCUAGUCAAGAUCCACACAUGCAGCGUGGACUGUGGUGGUGUUUGUAUGUCCUUGAUCGCUCUCUAUCCACUGCUCUUCUGAAACCUCUGGCAAUAGAUGACACAGAAUAUGGAUUGGAGGAUAAGUUCAAAGCCCCAACGCAUGAUACUGACUCAGAAACGGACUUUUGGUUCUCCGUUAUUGUUGACUUUCAUAUCAUCAUGGGUCGGAUCUACAAAACCGUCCGCUACAUACGCAAGGCUGCCCGCAACUCCACACCGAAUUUGGAGGAUAAGAUCCAAGCUGACGUUCGUCGGCACGAUGAAGAACUGGGGAAUUAUUUCACAGAAAAGGUACUGCCGUGGAUAAAAGAGUCGCCCCGGGACUUCGAAGCCAUUGCGUUGCAGACCGUUGCCAUAUCCUCAUAUUACGCUAGCUUGAUCCUCCUCCAUCGAGUUUUCCUAGAGAAGUACACAGUGGCGGAACCUGCGAUGUUCCUUCGAUGUGCCGAGGCCGCGUCCGGCUGCAUUAAGCUUACGCCUCGUCUAAUAGCGACCGUGCCAGGAAGUCAUUUUCUAAUUCAACAUGGUCGUGCGCUCUUCGCCAGCGCCAAGGUUUUGUUACACUGUAUACGGCUGGCUUGGAACCCUAUUUUUACCGCGAAAGCCCUGAACGACUUGGAGGCCGCCGUUGGAAUGCUUCGCAAUCUAAGCAUACAAUGGCCAGAGAUUGAAACGUAUCAGACGUUGGUUCAGGAGGAGCUAAAGUCCAUAAAGGCCGAGUUUGAAAGACGCGACAAGCUCAGUGAAGCGUUGGGUCGUUUUGGGGAAGGCCCAUCAAACAUCACAUUGUGCCUCGAUAGACUACCCGACCUCGAUGCACAUCUCUUGUUACCAUUAUCAGGGACAGAUCUACCACGAUGUCAUUUGCGCCAGCAGAACCAUAGCCAUAACAGUCUUUUUGAGUCCACGGUCCAACGCGGCUUGCCUUCGACCAGAAUUCAGCACGAGGGAACAGGAGAACCAGCGGCCAAGAGGCUCAGGAAAGGAGAUGAUGUUCAUGUAGACAUGGGGAUGAUGGAACGCCCCUCGAUGGUUCAGGGUAGAACCAGUGUAGCAGCGGAUGAAGACAAUCCACUUCCCGUCACUAGGAUAAACUCUCAACUCCCUAUUCUAAGCCCUGGAACAGGAUCACUGUCAGCCGAAUCUGCCGGCAAUGAUUUUAUGGCUUUUUUAUGGACAGAUUUUGAUCUAAUUGAGAAUCAAUAA